AUGAACGUAGUUAUGGUUGGUGUCCGCCUCUGGAAAAGUGUCGGACCACUUGUUCUGCUCGAGGGUAAUAUGAAUGCCUCUCAAUAUGCAAAGGCUUUCAAAGAGCAUUUUGUGGAGCUUUAUGAUGGUCUUCCUUGGCAGGCCAAUUACCGCAGAAAGACUAUGGGAGAUUUUACAAGAAUGGAACACAAUCACUCUAGACGUUUGCUACAAACAUUGUAUUAG